AUGGCCGCAGGCGCCCAGUCUUGGAGGACGUACCUGUGCUGCGGCGCGGGCGGCAGCGCGGCGGUGGACGACAACGACGGCUCGACGCCGCGGCGGCGGCGGAGGAUCACGCGGCGGAGGGGCGGCAAGGUCAGCCCUCGGUCGUCGUCGUCGUCGUCGCGGAUGUCGUUCACGAGCCUCAGCUCCUCGGAGAUGCUCUCGCCAGAGGACCUGUCCCUCACGCUGUCCGGGUCCGGGUCCAACCUGCACGCCUUCACGUACGCCGAGCUCCGGUCGGCCACGGCGGGCUUCUCCCGCGCCAACUACCUCGGCUGCGGCGGGUUCGGCCCCGUGUACAGGGGCGCCGUCGACGAGGCGCUCCGCCCGGGCCUCCGCGCGCAGGACGUCGCCAUCAAGUACCUCGACCUGGAAGGCGGCACGCAGGGGCACAAGGAGUGGCUGGCUGAGGUGUUCUUCCUUGGGCAACUGAGGCACAAGAACCUGGUGAAGCUCAUCGGCUACUGCUACGAGGCCGAGCACCGGAUGCUGGUGUACGAGUUCAUGAGCUUCGGGAGCCUCGAGAACCACCUCUUCAAAAGUGUCAACGGCGCCCUCCCAUGGAUGACGAGGAUGAAGAUCGCCGUCGGCGCGGCCAAGGGCCUCGCCUUCCUCCACGACGCCGACCCGCCGGUGAUCUACCGCGACUUCAAGGCCUCCAACAUCCUGCUCGACUCGGACUACAACACCAAGCUAUCCGACUUUGGUCUGGCCAAGGACGGGCCGCAGGGCGACGAGACGCACGUGACGACGCGUGUCAUGGGGACCCACGGGUACGCGGCGCCCGAGUACAUCCUGACGGGCCACCUGACCGCCAAGAGCGACGUGUACAGCUUUGGCGUGGUGCUGCUGGAGCUGCUGGCGGGCCGGCAGUCGGUGGACCGCGCGCGGCGGCCACGGGAGCAGAACCUGGUGGACUGGGCCAGGCCGUACCUCAAGCACCCCGACAGGCUGUACAAGGUCAUGGACCCGGCCCUGGAGUGCCAGUACUCGUGCAGGGGCGCCGAGGUGGCCGCCAUCGUGGCCUACAAGUGCCUCAGCCAGAACCCCAAGUCUAGGCCCACGAUGCGGGAGGUGGUCAGGGCCCUGGAGCCCGUGCUCGGCAUGGACGACUUCUUCCCCGCCGGCCCGUUCGUGUUCACCAUCAGCGUGGAGGAGGAUAAGGUGGCGGGCCUCAAGGUGGAGGUGGAGGAGAAGCCGCCGCAGCACCACCAGAGCCACCAGGACAGGCACCGCCAGAAGUACCCCAACUCGUCGAUCCACGCCGGCAUUGUGCUGCACAGCCGGGAAGGGAUGGUCGGCGGCGAUUACACCGCCACGCUCCGGCGGCAGCGGAGGGCGUCCAGCUACCACAAGGAGAGGGGGGCUUAA